GCAGGUAGAGCUCGGCGCGGCCGGGGAGACGGCUCCUCGGUGGGAUGGGGAGACGCGGAGCCCGCCUCCUGGUGCUGCUCGCCGCCUGCCUGGGGCUCUGCGGGCCGCGCGGGUUGCUCGGAGGUGACCAGCCAGCCUCCUGUUCCUGCCAUCUGCCUGGUGCCAUGCCUUUUUUGCCACAAUGGGCUGUAUCCUUGUGGAACUAUGCUUGUGAGGGGUACAAAAGAUCCGGCAACUUGGAGGUGUGUGAGAACAUGAAGUGACUUCAGGCUGUCAAACCAGAAGUUUUAAAGCCACGUCCUUGUUUUCCCCCAGAGCAUCUUUUUAUGGUGAAAGCUUUGUGGAGCUCAACAUCAUAGAAGAUACCUCUGAGUUAUCUCUUCAAUUAAAAUUUCAAACCAGCAAGCCACAGGGGUUACUUUUUCUUGCAGCUGGGAACAUUGACUAUUGCAUAAUAGAACUUCUGUCAGGAACAUUACAGGUGAAAGUAAAUUUGGGAACAGGUGAACAAGUUCUUUCUGAGCAAAGACUUCGGAUGGAUGAUUUGGUUUGGCAUUUGGUGGAACUGUACCAUGUCAACAAUAAUAUCUUCUUGGUUACUGACAAACGUUAUGAGACAACUGACCAAGUGGCUGGUGGGAUCCAUAAUUUCAUCUUUAACUAUGGAGUCUACAUAGGCGGUCGUGGAGGACUCAGUGUCCCUUACUUAGAUGGAAAGACCCCCAACUUUCGCGGAUGUAUGGAGGAUGUGGUGUUUAACCAGAAGGAGGUCCUUGCAUCCCUCAGGUCUUACCCUGGUUUUAAGAAGGUUUAUGAGGUGUCGCUGGGGUGCAGUGAUGAGUUUUUUGCUGGAGAGAAUGAGGCCAUCAAUUUUUUCAGCUCUAGAUCCUAUGUCAUUUUUCCAGAAUGGAAGGUUCUAGGAGAAGGGACAUUGAGAUUUGCUGUGCAAACUGGAACCAAACAAGCCUUGCUUUUAUUUCAGUCAGGGAGGGAAAAAGAUUUUGUUGCCUUAGAAAUACAUGAUGGUCUGUUGAAAGCUCAUGUAGGAAGGGGUGAAACUAGAACUCAGCUUCCUUCUUUUAGCUUCAUUAGUGACAACAAGUGGCACAUCAUUCAACUCAGAGUCACGGGAAGGUAUCUGGACCUCCUGAUAGAUGAGCAAAGGACAAGGACCUCACUGCCUUUGCAAAGCAGACUGUUUGUGUCUGAAGGGCCCCUAUUUGUGGGCGGUCUGAAUAACCAAAUGUGGGAAGCAGUGAGGAGAUUAGAAAUUGCCUCUGUGUCUGGAAAAUCUUCUCACAGAAUCUCUCUCAAAGGUUGCCUAACAGACUUGGAAGCCAACUCAGAAAAGAGAGCAUUAAGGGAUGCGCUUGCUUCCAAAGAUAUUUCUGCUGGGUGCAAAAGUGAGAGUGUGGCUCAUACAGAUCAUUCUGUAACCAUGGGAGACCUGCUUAAGCCUGCUCCAUCCCCUUCUGCUGUCGUUCCUGGUGCCCACAGCUCUUUUCUUCAAGAUGAAAGUGGACGUUUUUUGGUUUUAAGUAACUUGGAAGUCCAAGAAGGUGGGCAAGCCUUACUGGGACAAAGGCAUAUAGAAGUGAAUGUGGAAUUCAUGGAUUUGGGUGUCAAUUAUUCUCAAAUACUACUUAAAAUACAGGAAAUGCCAGCUCAUGGGUUUCUUCAAAUAGAUGUUUGGCCUGAGCAAGAAAUGGAGAAGGCUUUCACUAUGUUAGAUUUGAGGCAAGGGAAAGUAUGGUACAUCCAUGAUGGUUCAGAAGAACCUACAGAUUCUUUUACAUUUUUGGUUUUUUCCAGAAGCCAGAAGGCAGUGCUAUCCCACCUGCAGGACCAUGUUCCACAUGUGUUUAACAUUAUUGUCAUCCCAGUGAAUGAUCCUCCGCACCUUAAGCUCCCAGAAGGAAACUUGCUUCUCCUCUUUGAGAACUCUAAGAAAAGAUUGACCCCAAAUAUGAUACAGGUGUCAGACCCUGACACAGAUUCUCUGAGUCUGGGGUUUUCAGUUCUUAGCAACUUCAAUUCAGAGACUGGGUUUGUAGAAAGUGCCAGUAAUCCCGGGAAAGCCAUUAAUGGUUUUACAUACGUGGAUUUACGAGAUGGCAAUAUUUUCUAUGUGCACGGGGGUCAUGGGAACUCUCGAAUUGUUCUGAGAGCAAGUGAUGGUGAGCUGGUUAGUAAUACUGUGGUACUGCGGAUCAUGGCUGUUCCUUGGGACUUUGAAGUGGCCAGGACUGGUGUAGUGGUACCACAGGGUGGUGCUGUCCUGAUUACUCAGAGUAACUUGUCAGUGGAGGUGAAUGGUGAACAACAUGAGAUGGAGACCUGCUAUGACAUCACUUAUCCACCUCAGUUUGGUCAAAUUCAGCGUCGAGGAUCAAAUGGAGAAUGGAAACAAGUUAGUUCCUUUUCUCAACAUUCUGUUGAUCAUAGUCAGAUCCGGUACUAUAGUUCUUUCAAAGAACUGCAGCAAGAAAAUGUUACAGAUCACUUUAAAUUUAGAGUUAAAGUAGAAGGAAAAGUCAGCAAAGAGCUCCUGUUUCCUGUGACUGUCCAAUGGCUGAAGCUUAUACUUCUGAAAAAUAUCCCUUUAGAGAUUCUUAACACAAACAAGAAAGUAUUGGAUUCUUAUCAUUUGCAGGCUAUAGCAGGGAAUGUGGAAAUAGCCGAGAGGGAAUUAUAUUUUAAGUUACUGAUCCCACCUAAGAAAGGAAAAUUGCUACUCAGCAAUGAAGUUCUAAAAGCAAGCUCAAUUUUCAGUCAAAAAAACAUUACAGACUCUAAGAUAAGCUAUGAACCUCAGGUGAGGUCCAGGGAAGAUUUACAGGAUAGUUUUAGUUUUUUGAUUGUUGUAAAACACAUAGAAUCAAAAGAUUAUAUCUUCAUGAUAAACCUUAAAGCAGAUAAGACACAUAUUGUUUUAACAAACACAGGACUACUUGUAAAAGAAGGAGAAGGGACAGUAAUUACAAAAUCAGAAUUAUUUGUUCAAACCUUAGACAAUCAGAUCAUCCACUAUAAAGUCACCAAGAGUCCUCAGCAUGGGGAGCUGAAGUUGGUUAGCUCUUCUGGUUCUCUGGGACGUGAUGACACUAUCGCCACAUUCACAGAUCAAGACAUAAUAGGGGGGAGGCUGAUGUAUGUUCAUGAUGACUCUGAGACCCACUGUGAUGAAUUCUUUGUUGUGGCCUCUGCCACAAGUUCAGGGCAACAGGGAGGGGCCAGAGGUCUUGACUCUGAGCAUUUGUCUACAGAAAUCAAAGUCACCAUUUCUGUUGCAUUAAAGAAUGAUGAGAGGCCAGUGCGUGUGGUGGAUAAGGUCUUUCAUGUUGUGCGGGGUGGUCAGCGCUUACUGACCCUGGCAGACCUCUGUUACCAUGAUCCUGAUUUAGAUUUUGAUGAUGGGCAGUUGCUCUACACUCGUCGUGGCAUCCCAAAUGGAGAUUUAGUGCAAGCAAAUGAUCCCACUCAGAAACUCUACCAGUUCAGACAAGAGGACCUUCAGGAAGGGCGUGUCCUCUUCAAGCACCUUGGUCCAGACUCUGCCCAAUUCCUCAUGUUUGUGACAGAUGGUGUCCAUUACACAUCAUCUCUUCUUGAGGUCAGUGUGUCAGAGCCAUAUGUCCACAUAGUCAACAACACAGGGCUGCUUGUGCACAGAGGGAAGGACACUUGCUUCACAACAGCCAACCUGAGUGUCACUACAAACCAAGAUGUCAGAACAAACCAUGAGGUUGAAUUCUACAUCAUCUGGCCCCCAAAGCAUGGCAGACUUCUGGUCAACAGUUCCGUGUCUCACUCAUUUUCUCAGCAUGACCUGAAACAGGGACACGUGGUUUAUAAGCAUGAUGGUGAUGGCAACAUCGAUAUGUUUAACUUGACAGUAAAAGUUAAGAAUAUAUAUUUAGAUGUGAGCAUCUGUGUUCGAGUGUCCUUGGAAGGUCACCAACAUCACACUCAGAUUCUGCAUAGCAAGAGCCUUAUAGUUGAAGAAGGAAAGCCAGUAAAACUGAGUAGGGGGAGACUUGAGGCUGAGAAUGAAGAGAAUAUUCCACCAGAGGCAGUGUUUAUACUCAGAACUGCACCAAUGCAUGGGUAUCUCCAGAAAUCUAUGCCAGAAGGUGGCAGCGUGGGUGCAGAUGGGAUGUCCCCUCUGAGCUUUACACAGCAGGAUGUGGAUGAUGGCAGUGUGGUUUAUGUGCAGACAGCUUCUGGCCAACAAAAGGAUAGUUUCUCCCUGGAUGUGAUAAAGGAUUCCCAAGUUGUGAGGAGAGUGGAAAUGCUAUUGGAUAUCAUCCCCAAGUGGAUUCCUCUGGAGGUACAGAAUUUCACAGUUCAAGAAGGGAACUCCAGGGCACUCCUGCAAGACUACCUCAAAAUUCCAAGCAAGUAUUUUGAGAGUCUUGACUGUGAAUUUGAUCUCCUCAAACCACCAAAUCAUGGUUAUAUUGAAAACUCUAAUUUUCCAAAGGUGAAGCUGAUGAAAUUUACCAGGAAACAGGUGGAACAUGAAUUGAUUUACUAUGUUCAUGAUGGUACUGAGGAGCCACUGGACAGUUUUACCAUCUUGGCAGAUAACUCAGAGCUUGCGAAACAGAGUCUUCCCCAGACACUGUUUGUUACUGUUGAACCUGUAAAUGAUGAAGUUCCAAUAAUAAUAGCCAAUAAAAUCCUCCAGGUGUGGGUGAAUUCUAUUACUGAGAUUACCAGACAUGACCUCUGUGCAGAAGACAGGGACUCUUCCCCACAGGACUUGGUCUACCGGAUCACACCCCCCAGCAACGGGCAUCUAGCUCUUAAGUCUUUUCCUGGAAGAAGAAUUCAGGACUUCACUCAGGCGCAAAUCAACGAGGGCCACCUUGUGUUUGUGCAUUCUGGAGCAAUGUCAGGAGGCUUUAGUUUUCAGGUUACUGACGGUUUGAAUUUUGCACCUCGACAAAUCUUUAGCGUCACUGCUCAAGCUCUGAUCAUUAGCUUAGAGGUCAACAGAGGACUGAGCAUCUUUCCAGGUUCCAGAAAGCCGCUUUCAUCUCAUGACCUGAAAGCUGUGACCAAUGAUGACAAGGCAGGAAACAGAACUGUAACUUUUACCGUCAUAAGUUCCCCUAGACUUGGAAGGUUGCUGAAAAUGAACUCUGACAACCACACAGAGGAUGUUUCCGUUUUUACCCAAUAUCUGGUCAGCCAAGGGUUGAUAUUAUACCAGCAUAUGGAUCUUGAGAACACAGGUUGGACCGUGGAAGACUCUUUCACGUUCACAGCAUCCUCCCCUCCUGCAGCUCUGGGUCCUGAGGACUUCCAGAUUACCAUUUCAUAUGAUAUUAAUGAACCUGGCCGACACAGCCGCCUGCUUGCAAAUACAGGAGCUGCUGUCGAAGAGGGAGACAGAGUUCUCAUUGAUCAAGCUAAAUUGGAUGCUUCUAACCUCUUACUUCAGCUGCCCCCACCUCAGCGUUCUUCCCAUGAAAUCUGGUUCCAGGUUACAGUUCUUCCUCACCAUGGAACCAUUAUGGUUGGAGAAAGAAACAUUACCACAGGAAAACCCAAUUUCUCCCAGUAUAUAGUUAAUAAAUUCGGAGUCACGUACCUUCAUGAUGACUCUGAGUCACUGGCUGAUAAUUUUACCUUUGCUGUUUGGCCAAACCCAAAGAGCAAGUCUACCACCAAGCCAGAGGCUGACUUUCUGGAAGAGAUGUUCAACAUCACCAUCACUCCUGUGAAUGACCACACUCCAGAAUUAAAAACUAAAGGGCUUCAGUUAAAAGUUCUGCAGGGCAGUAGGUUGAUUGUGGGACCCGAAAUCCUCAAAGUAGAAGAUCUAGACACUCCUCCAAAUGAAAUCCAGUAUAUGAUCAUCCGUCAUCCCAACAAUGGCCUUUUGGCAAUGGCUCAUGAUCCAGACACUCCUGCUCACCACUUUACACAAGCUGAUAUUGAUAACUUGCAGGUGUGGUUCAUACAAGACGGAAGCCCAACUUCUGGAGUGUUUUACUUUAGUGUGACUGAUGGUGGACAUCGCCCUCUGUACAAGCUCUUCUACCUGGAUGUCAUCCCUAUUUCCAUCACUCUUGUGAACCUCACAGACCUGAUUCUCCCACAAGGCCAGACAACAGUCCUCAUCACCAAUGCUCACCUGUCAGCGGUGACCAAUGGAAGGAGCCUUCAGAUCAACUACAAGAUAACACGGCCCCUCCAAUGUGGGCACCUCCUGAUUGAAAACCAGGUGGUCACCAGCUUUGUGCAGGAGGAUUUGGAUUCAGGAAGACUCUCUUACCACAUGACAAAUCUUACAGCCUCAGAAGAUCAGCUGCAGUUCUCACUGUUUACAUCAGAGAGCAACUUGACAGGGCAGACACUGCACAUCAGAGUUCAGCCUUUAUUGUGGGUUAUAUCACACUUGAAAAUUGCCAACAGAGUGGCUCAUCAGCUGCGGAAAAAGGACCUAGAUGCAACUGAGCUUGCCAACAGGACUAACAGUGAUCCCACAUUUGAAGUGACAGAACCUCCCAUCCACGGAAGACUUGUACGGAGAGCAGGAAGAGCAGUCGACAGCGCUGUGAUGGAAGAGGCUGCUCUGUUCACCCAGAGCGACAUUAACCAAGGGAUUGUGGUGCUUGAACCACAUGCAAAUCUAACUGGAUUUGAUAUGUUGAAUGAUUCCUUCACUUUCUUGCUCAGGGCAAACCAUGUACAGCCAGCAACAGGGUCUCUCUCUUUUACCAUAGUGCCACCUGAUCCCUUACUUUUGCAGACAUUUACACCAGAUGUUCCUCUAUUACUCCCUAGGGACAGCCUCAUGACCUCAGCAUUUUCUCAGAAAACACUAGAGACUUCUACAAGACCCACAAUACAAAAAGAAACUAUGGGGAACCUGAUCCAGAGCAGAUGGCAGGAAACAGAUGCCUGGGGACAGCACAGUGGCAAAGAACCAAGCAUAGAUGGUAAAAUUUCCCCCACCAGGGUCAUUUGGCCACAUGCUGCCACCAAAGUCCAUCCUGGGGGACCCAUACAGCCCAGAGAGAGCAGUUACCCUCUGAUGGUCAUCAUACCCUUGGCUGGCCUGUUCCUCUUGCUGAUAGUAACUGCGGUGGCAUUGUGUGUCUGGUUGUUGAUCCAGAAGGAAGAAAAGACAAAACCUCUUCUCAAGCCCAGGGCUAACCUAGAAUCCCCAUCUCCAAGCUGCACACCUGAAAGGAGUGUCGCGAUUCCCACUGUCACAGUGACACCCCUUAUAAAAAGCUCCAGCAACCCCCCUGCCAGUCUUUUUAGACCCCCAGAGGAUGAGCAGAUGACUUCACCAGGGACUGAGUCCAUGGGAAAAUGUUCUCCUUGGGAAGCAUGGGUUAACUUGGAUCCCGACAUGGCCAAGCUCUGUCGGCAAACCAACCCGGCACUGAAACACAACCAGUACUGGGUAUAGAUUGAAGACUCUUGUCUGUUCCCCUCCUGUCGCCUCUUACUGAUCUACAGUGGACCAGCGCUAGGAUAUGAACUGGACUGUAACCAUGAAAGAAUACUAGUUGAAUCAAGGAAGGCCUGGCUUUAAUCGUUACUCGCGGCUCAGUCAUGGCCCCAUGGUGUUGGUGGGUAUUGGAAUGCCUGAAUAGCGCUCAUGGGCUUUCCACAAUGGGCCCUCACCUGGACCUCACAUUCUCAGAAUACAGAAAUUUCUGUCAAAAAUUGAACUCUACUAAGGUGCUACUGAGCAUGUUGGUCCCAGUGGAAGUAGCAGUAUUAGCUUGGGACAUAGAAUAAAAGGUGGAAGUCUUGGCUAUUUGUCACGGAGGAUUCACUCAGAGUGAGUCAGCAGGAAAUGCAAAAGCUAUCUCAGCAGAAGAAGACGUAAUUUGUCACAUCAAUGAGUUUGUAUAAUGCUUGUCUGUCAUGCCUUUUCCUCCCUGGAAUCCUCUAGGUUUGUUUUCCUCAUGCAGGAAAUGCCUUCAUGUUCCAGAUAACAAGGCAGUCUGACCUCUUUUGAGGACACUCACUGAAUACAUUGUGUUUCAUCAAGAAGCAUUGUCUAAUCUGAUUUGUAAACUCAAGAAAUAUUAUUUGAAGCCUGAAGGGACAGAAAAGUUUGUUAAAUGCUUUCUCCAAUCCCUGAAUUUGACUUAAUUUUACAAUGAAUUGAAAUAGUCAUAAAUCUGCAUUUGAAUUGUCUACCUGGACCCACUGUUUGCCAAAGCUAAUUUCUGUAACUGUAAAAUGAAGCCAUUAGUGCUUAUAUUAAGAAUAUUUUACCUGAAAAUUGCAGUG